GACAUUUCUAUUAAUAUUUUUAGGACGCCCAAUGAGUGUAUAGAUCCUGCAGAUGGUGGUAUUCACUCAAAUCUGGAUGCUGUUAAGCAAACACAAAAUGUAGAAGAUAAUCUCCACAUGAAUUCCUUCCAUUCGCAAAUUCCUAUUAUAACACAAAGCAAUGAGAUUAACAGCACUCCUACUGGUUUAGUGGAAACUUCUGCGCAUACUACCCAGUUGUCUAGACAUGCUUUGAUAUGUUUCGAAACAAGGCCUUCCACUAUUAAGCUGCCAUCUGAGGUACACGACACAUCAAAUAAACUCACUUGUGAAAUAGAAGACUACGACAAUUUUAAAUAUAUCUUUAAGGAUAAUGCUAUUACAAUAUCAGAUGUAUCCGUACAUUAUGUACAAACGUCAAAAAUCGGUGAUAAAAUUCAAAAUGACUUUCCACUUGAGUGUUUAGCAGAUUCCACAAAAACAGCCGUUUUUAAUAAUGAGUUUAUUAAUCUAGAACGAGAAAUCUCUCCUUGGAGUAUUUCUGAAAUGGAGGACAUUGAAAAGACACGAUUGAGUUUGGUAGAAACAUUGCUUUCCGAAAGCGAUGAUGCUGAGGAAGGCGCGAAGCAGAAUUUGAAGGAACCCGAAAAGGAAUUGAGCGACAAUAUUUCUUCGCAGCAUAAUCCUGGGGAAUCAUGUUUGGCUUCAUUGCGAAAGGAAAGUAAAAUCGAUGUACAUGAGAACGUUAAUUAUAAAGAGUUUUGCCGCCAAUGUAAAAAUUGUCAAGGGGUUCUUACAUGCGAAAGUGUACUAUCAGCUAGUGAGUCAUUUGCAUUACCAACAAUGACUCCGUUCGCCCCCAUUGGUUUUGAAUGUUUGGCGAAACUCCGUAAGCGUCCAAAAUUAAAACAUAUUCAUGCGUAUUGGCGGCGUAGAUCAUUGGAGAAGAAAGAAGAUAAUUUGUCAACUUUCGUCGAACAAGGCGCUGAAUUAGACGAAGAACAAAACCGGGACUUUUAUAAUAGAUGCCAUAGGAAGGAUUUUGAAUCCCGUAUCGAGUUUCUUAAAAGAAUCGAUAAGCAAAUCAAGGAUUUGAAGAUUUUCGAACCAUUACAAACGGAUAUUGUUUUUAAGAAUCUAAACGGAAUGCUGAGGAAAGUAUUACCAAAUUGGGUACUCAAUUCCCAAAUGGCAGCAAGGGGUAUAAUUCAGCUUCGCCACACAAAUUUUAUUUCAUUUGCUAUCGAAAUUCUUUAUGAGGAUAGGAGCCAGCUUGGAAACCCAAUUUUCAUAAAAGACAUCUCUUUACAAAGUGGUCGAAUUCCAUCAGUACUUUGGAAGCCGAUCGACCACCUCUUAAAUUUUACUCUUAAAAUGAGUUUACCUCUUGAUUUAAAAUCGCUUUGCAAAUUCGAUACUAGUGCAAACUUCGUUCUUGGUUUGUUGCAACAUGUGGAUAAGGUUUGCACUCAGGCUCUUGAAGACGGCAUUAAUUUAUGGCGCCUACUUAUCAAUGAGAGAGCUAAUUUGACAAGAGAUGCAAGUCGACUUAUAGUUCGAAAAAUUACAAGUGAAGUUGUCCACAAAGGCGCUGAUUAUUAUCCAUUUGUUAAUAGGACUGAGUUUCAAAUAGAAUUAACUAAUAUUCACACUUUGUCAUUCAGGGAUAUAAUAUUUCCUCCAUUGCAUGCCUUUUGUGAGGAAUUGCAAGUAUUACCAAGUGGUAUAGAUUUUCUUAAAGUAUUUCUUAAAUCGCCAUCCACUUACUUGCGAUCAUGAAUGAAAAAGUAAUAAAAAAAAUUAAAUUUGUUUACAUAAUUCUUUGCAAAUAUAAAUUAGCGAAAACUAAAUAAAAAAGAUCCCCG